AUUUCCGGUUCCGGUUUAUAGCUUUGAACCUACUCUGCCGACAAUUCUGUGUUUCUUCAAUUACUGCAAAUGUCGUCAAACUUAUUGCAUAAAACCGUAUUUAUUCUUGAUCAUGGUGAAUCAACUCUUCAGAAAUGUGGAGAGAAAGUCGAUUUCGAUGGGGUUUUCAAGCAUAGAGCAGCGAAAAACAGUAAUAUAAGUCCUCUUCCGCCGAUUGAAAAAACUUUGUGGAGUUGCAAUGUGGAAUCGGUUGUAGAAUAUUGUAGAAUAGCCUACGAUGUUUUGCCUUAUUAUUACUUAAUCCGGGUGCUAACUUGCGAUGAUACUUGUCACGUUUUAAACGAUUGGAAUGAAAAGGAACAGAAUACUACAUUUCUCUUAAACGGUCUUGCAAAAGUUAGUGUACCUAGAGAGAAUCAGGAUGCAAAUCUUGAAGAAGGUGUCCGAAAGGCAAUGGAACUUAUCUCACAGCCCUCUCCACUUCAGUUAAACAUGCUGGAAAAAGGAAUGAAAAUUGAUAAUACUGGAAGAGUUAUCAUUUUCUCCUCUUCUUUAACGCAAGAUAGAAUUGACCACUUGGAGGAUGUAAUGUCUAAUCUAUUGGGCGAGAAAAAUAGAAGUUCUAUAAGCCCGUCAAAAAUCAGAAUUAAUCACAUAGAUUUUGAAUUUGUAUCAGUUCGUCCUGUUAAUGAAAAAAUGGGAGGCAUAAAAGAAAGAAGUGAUGUUUUGAGUAAAGAUCUCAAUAGGACGAUAGUUUGCACCGAAAGUGGUCAAAAAUUGGCCCAAGUUGUUGUUCAACGGUGUAUUGCUCAUUAUGAUCUCGGAAUAACCUCUGUUACUGGAAUUCCUAUGAAGGAAGAGCAAAAUGCUGCUUCCUCAACAAAUUAUGAUGUUGAAUUAUUGCACUCGAGAGAUGCUCAUUCCAAAUAUUGUACAGAAACUCGACCAUCUUUUGAUUUACCUGGCUCGGAGGUCGUUGGAUUAAAAUGGGUACCACCAAAGUCGUCUAGUCAAAUAGCUGACGUUCAACCUUCCAGGGUAGCUUAUCGAGUAACUCCUGUAGAUGUCAAUAGCCGUCCAUCAUCCUGUCUCACAAAUUUCAUUUUAUCAGGAAGAUCGGUCCUAUUAGAGCACACGCACAGUAAACAGUAUCCUAACUUUUUCUUGGCCGCCCAUUCUGGUGUCAUUUAUAUUCAUUCUACCUGCAAGUGUCCUGACAUUCCUGGAAUAUCCGAAGGAGCAGGAGGUAGAUUAACUGAUUAUCGUAUUCAUGAUUUCGGAGAAUUUAUGAUGGGAAGUCGAUUGGUUCCUGAAUCAGAACAAACAGGUCUAAAAAAGUCUUUAGAAUAUAUGGACAGAUGCCUAAGAUAUUGGCCUUUGACACAAUCCGAGUCACUAUUAGCUCAUCAAUCGAUAAAUCAGUAUAUAAAUCCUCUUCAGGCUUUAUUAAGCAAAGCGAACUUAACUCCUGAUGUGAAUGCAAACUGCUUUCGACUCAUUACACAGUUAUUUCAGUUGGAAAGUUCAAAUGAACUAAUACCUCAAGGAGUUGUGGCUAAAGGUAAAAGAGAAGAACAAAUUAAGCAGUUUUGGUGCCAAUUCGAAAAAAUGCUUAGAUGCUAUUCAUCUAUAAGCGAGAAUCAUAAAUCCUUAUUAGACAAGUUUCUAUCGGUGAAAGGCAACUGUCUUCAAGAGCACGAAUAUCCAGUUUUUGAAGAUAGCGACGAUGUUGAUAAAGAUGUUCUCUUGUUGUUUGAAAAUAAAAAAGAAGUUACUCUCUGGGAUGUUUACAUGACUCAAAAUGCUCCAAAAAAUAAAAGAUUAAAAUUUGAAGGAAUACUAGAUAAUGGAAAAGUAUCUAAAUUAUAUCCAAGUUUGCAGGAGAAAGAAUUAAACAAUAUUUAA